AUGACCCGGAAGGCCAAGGCAAUUAUUGCCCUGCUCCUCACCCUGAUCGCCUAUGUCUCCAUCAACAGCAUAGCCCAUAUCACUAGACCUGCGGCGUUUGUGUGGUAUGCGGAAGACCGGGACGAGCAGCACUGGAUUGCGAGUUCACAGUCCUGGUUCGACCGCAAGGCAUGUCGAUGGCUGGGUGUGUGCGGCGCGGCACAUCUACAAAUUGCCAAGGGCACAUUUGGACAGCGCGAUCCUGCAGGCUGGACGGACUCGAAGUCUGAUCGCUGGCGGUCAUUUUGGCGCGGGGACGCUGAACUGCGGGCUCGGCAGAUCCCCGACUUUGUUUUCCACUACGCCCCACUCGUGCAUCUUUAUUCUGGCGAGCAGUUUUGGCCUGGCGAUAUUGCUGAGCAUCUGCAUCACACCACUCCCUCGCUCAAUUAUACUCCCAUUCAUGCCCAUUGGGAUCAUCCUACUCUCAGCAACUUGGAUGAUCUGAAUCAGUGGGAAAAGGGCUGGCCGGUCUACUUGACCAGCAAUGAUGAUGUGCAGAGUCGGCCGCCGUGGUUGGAGGGCGAGAGAAAUAUACCCCAGGGGGGAGGCAAACAGGAAUCGUGGUCCGAUUGGGAUGGACGGGUGGACGGGGACAUCCCUGGUGAUACCAAGGAAGAUCGUGCCCAGUGGUACGAUUUCACUCAACCGGGCACGAUUCCGACGGAUGAUACCCCAGAUCAGCACCACGAAGCGCAGCGCAUAUUCAAGGAGGAGCUUCGCAAACGAUACGGCGGCAAGGAGAUCCGGGAUGAGGGGGCUGGCGGUCGAAGUGAUGCCCCUGCAAUCCUGGUCGUGAUGGACAAAGGCAAUGGGAUCAUCGAUGCCUUCUGGUUCUACUUCUACAGUUUCAACCUCGGCAACACCGUCGCCAAUGUGCGCUUUGGGAACCACGUCGGCGAUUGGGAACAUUGCCUGGUCCGAUUCUACAAUGGCAAACCAAAAUCCCUCUUCUUCAGUGCUCACCAAGGCGGAGAAGCAUAUAGCUAUGAAGCAGUGGAAAAGAUCGGGCAACGACCGGUCAUUUACUCCGCCGAGGGCAGUCACGCUAUGUAUGCCACGACCGGGGUACAUGAGUACAUUCUACCCUGGGGCCUCCUCCACGAUGUGACAGACCGCGGCCCACUAUGGGAUCCUCUACUCAAUUCACAUGCCUACACUUAUGAUUUCGACGAAGAUAAUCUGCGAGCCUCUACCUUCAGUCCCUCUGCUCCGACAGAAUGGUUCUAUUUCAAAGGCCACUGGGGUGAUAAGUUUUAUCACUUAAGUGACCCCCGCCAAUAUCGAUUUGCUGGCCAAUAUCACUAUGUCAAUGGCCCGACAGGGCCCCGGUUCAAGCAUCUCAACCGCCAUAAGGUUUGCCAAGGCCCUGAUCGCGCUCCCUGCAUUAUCAAGAACUACGUCGAACAGGGAAAGCGUCCACAGCGCUGGGGGUCUAGCGGGCCAGGAGACUGA